CGCUCACCUAAAUGUGCUCGCUGCCGCAAUCAUGGGGUUAUUUCUAUCUUAAAAGGGCAUAAACGUUAUUGCCGUUGGCGCGAUUGUACAUGUGCAAAAUGUAUCCUGAUUGCAGAAAGGCAAAGAGUUAUGGCUGCUCAAGUUGCGUUAAGGCGACAACAGGCACAAGAA